UGUUCCGCGCGUCAACAUCGAGAAUGCCGAGUGCCGAGGAGACGACGUAUCUGAUCGGCGUGAUGCCGGACGGCGCGGCGCAGGCGGACGCGUUCCUGACGCGCGACGUUGACCUGUUGGUGUCGCAGAUCAAGGAGAACCUACGGCUGUCCAGUCUGAAGGCCAAGUCCAGCAUCAGCUGCAAGAACAGUCGGCCGUCGCCGUACCGGGUGCCGGCGCGUUCCUGGGCGGAUCCGGCUGCCGGCUGCGAGGUCUGCGGUCUGCGGUCCAACGGCCAGCAGCAGCAACAACAACAGCAUCACGUGACUGCUGCCCAUCACCAUUAUCAUCAUCAUUAUCACAACCAUCUAAAGAGGAGCGAGAGGAGGGUGGACGAUGACCCGUACGAGGUACUUCAGGAACUGCUGCGCGAAGGCGGCCUCAUCAAGGAGGCGGUCAAGAGGCUGCAGGAGAACCUCGACGAGCUCUCGAGCUCGGAAGUGGACGAGGACGACGUGGUGAACGAUGAGGAGGAGGAGGACGAUGACGACGACGACGUGCGACGGUCCGGUGGUGGAUAUCGCAGAAAACCGUAUUUCUACGACUCCGAAGACGAGCCAUUGCCGCCGAUGUACGACCCUCUGGAACUGUGAGCCGCCCGAUGGCGAUGCUUGGGGAAAACUUUUACAGACGUUCCUAUACGUUCUCGUCGUGAACACAAUGCCGCUUUAUCCCGUGGCCCCUUU